GAGAAUAGUGAGUUAUGGGGAGCUAUGGGAAAUGAUAAGAAGGUGAGUCUACUAGACUCAAUCACCGAUACUUUAGAGUGUGCAAUUUGCUCAGAGAUAAUGCAUGUUCCAUUUCUAGCAUCAUGUGGACAUUCAUUCUGUUAUGGAUGCUUAAAGUCAUGGUUUGAGAAUAAGGUGAAUUGUCCGACAUGUAGGAAAGAUUUUGAAUAUGCUCCAGUGAUCAAUCUUCAAUUAAAGCAAAUAAGUAAGAAUAUAUUUCAAAUGAUGCUUGAAUUAAGUAAAGAAGAUACCAAACCACGAUUAAGACAUCAAACGAGUAUGCUAGAAGAGUACGAAGAUGAUUUUGCAAAUAAGAGGUUAUUUGGCGAUGCAUUUAAAUCAACGUUAACGUUAAUCGAUCGAUCCGAUGGGGUACCUAGAUGUGGGAAUUGUCAUUGGGAAGCACACGGGUCCAGCUGUUUACAUUGUGGUAGUCGGUUUCGUAUACCUCGAGAUGAUGCUUAUUAUGAUUCUGAAGAUGGUGAUGCUUAUAAUGAAGAUGAAGAAGAAAUUGUGUUAUACGGAGGUAGACAUGGAGAGGAUGACGAUGAAGGAGAACCAAAUGAAUAUGAUUCCCAAGAUAGUUUCAUAGAUGAACGAGACAUGGCGGCAAUUUCAAAUGAUCUCAACGAUAGCGAAAAUGAUUAUUUAUCAUCAGGAGAUAAUAACUCGGUUAGUGGGGGAACUAGUUGGAGAGGAUUUGAUGAUGAUGAUGAAUCAGUGCAAACUCGGGAUUCUGAACCUUUCGUGGAUGGAAGAUUAAGGGACCUUUUACUGCAAGAACAUGAACAUGACAUGCAACAGGCAGCCUACGAUGAUUCUGACGACGACAGACCUAUACAGAGACGGGGUGUUAUUCACAUAUCGAGUGACGAAGAA